CUGGUCAACCUCGAAUCCGGCAGCGGCGCUCAGGGGCCCGGAUAGGUGGCCGUGAGCAGCCCGGGCAGUGCAAGAUGGAGUUGGAGGCCGUGCUAAAAGAACGGACCGCCGCUGCCGGGGAUCCUGGGCGAGUGUUGGGUGCUUGGGUCCGGCGCGGUUGGGCAACAGCCGGGCCCGGCGUGCUUGAAUCUGACGGUGGCUCCGGGGGGACAUUAGCUUUCGAGUCUACGAGCAGCAGCCGCAUCCUAGAGUUGACCUCUGACAACGACCCCGAGUACGAAGCGCUGCCGGAAGGAUCUAAUGUAACUGCGCACAUGUUAGCGGGGGCCGUGGCCGGGGUCAUGGAGCAUUGCCUUAUGUACCCUGUAGACUGUGUCAAGACCCGCAUGCAAAGUCUUCAGCCAGAUCCUGCUGCCCGUUAUCGAAAUGUAAUGGACGCCCUUUCUAAAAUAGUACGAACGGAAGGCUUCUGGAGACCAUUGAGAGGACUGAAUGUUACUGCAACAGGCGCAGGCCCUGCCCACGCUCUCUACUUUGCCUGCUAUGAAAAGUUAAAAAAGACAUUGAGUGACAUUAUCCACCCUGGGGGCAAUUGCCAUGUUGCUAAUGGUAUUGACAAUUCCUGUCCUGCAUAACUCCUCAUAUUAUUUUUUCUUUUUUUUUUUUUUUGUAACAUAAGUCUCUUGCUGAGACAUUUCUGACCAGUGUCCUUUUUUAGGCAUCUUGGCAUAAAAUAAACUAACUGUCACGCUAGCAUACAUCACAUCCUCUUAGUGGCCUGCGAUUAUGGCUGACUCCUUAAGAGCAUUACUGUGGUCCUGUACUGCCUAAAACAUUUAAUACACAUACAGUCCCUUUACUUACACUGACUGCAUUAUAGAUGUUUGUGUGCAAAAUUCUAUAUCAGGUUUGCACGUAAAAAGCACUACCAUCUAAACUGACACAUAAUUGGGUAGAAGAUUCUCAUUUCCCCAUGUUAUUUUUUAAUGAGUAUUUGAGUGUUUAACCACAGUAUAAGUCUAACAAUGUUGGGCACACAAAAACACACACUCCCGUCUGCCAGUGCCUUCACUUUACUAACACCCUGCUGAAUUUUAAGUGGACGUUAUUUGGAACCCUGACUCCAAGUGACUUGAAGGGUUUAAAGGUUUCACUUAUUGGAGGCGGUGGCACUCAUAAGACUGCUGAGAGAGGGUGUGCUAUAGAAGCCUUGUUUUCUAAGGAUGCCUGCAGCAAGUUUACGUCCUUAUCAAUGACAUUUUUUCUUGAAAGCAAAUACAUUCCAAUGUAUCAGCAUUCACCCCUCUUGUUUUGCACAAAAAAAAAAAUCUUUGCUGCUGAACAGUGAUCACAGGAGCUGCAUAUGACUAGACUGUAAUAGUGCCAGUUGAUAGAAUUAUGAUGAUGGACUGGCGGAGGCUCAGGUUGCACAGUUAGGCACAUGCCUCUGCAAAACAUUAGACUUUACACUGUCUGGGCAUUGGUGUUACGUAGAAACCGCACCUAACCUUUCAACACAGACUUGAUUCGUGUUCCAGACACAUGUCGUCAGUCAGACUGUUCCUAUGCACGCAGCUCUAUGCCAGCAUUGGAUCUCUGGAAAUCAAAAUAGAAGGGCAGCUAAAAUGGAAGCAGUGUCUACUGGGCUGAGUGAUUUCUUUCUUUGCCAAUUCCAAGACAUCUACUGUUGAUUUGUGUUUCUAGUUUAAAUGUUGCAGGAUGAAUUGGUCAUGUUUAGUGCUAUGGGUUUCAUGCUAGAGACCACUUAGAGAGUAAGAGCACAGUUGACUUCGACCCAGUCAGUAUGCAUUGUUUGUAGUUUAGACUACGUCUACUGCACAGUUAUUGAUCUUUUUGGUCCAGUAUGCAAACAGGCAAUUGUAUCCUGCAUCCACUAGUUUGAGAGUAUAGGUGUUUAUGAAACUAUAUACUGGCCCAUAUUGAUAGUUUAACUUUACUGGCCUUCCACUGGGCAUCUGAACCAUUGUAGUUCAUUCUUCAAAGCAAAUUAGUCUAGGAGACCUGGAAUAGCAAAGAGCAGCUAGAUAACAUUUGUAGUAUUGUAUCGAAGACAAUGGUGUAUAUUUUUCAAAGAUCGCCACAGUACUCUAGAUCUUACUAGAGUGGAAUUCCGCCACUCUCUAUUCAUUUUUAUGGGAUUUAAGAGUAUUUAUCGAAGGGUGAAAGUGAAUGGUUUGAUAGAACACCUUUCAAAACCCAUAGAAAUGAAUGCAGAGUGGCGGAAUUUCACUCUUGUGGUGAUCUUUAACUUCACUCUUUGAUAAAUAUACCCCCAUUGUCUUGGUAGAACACUUCCAUUUGGAAUUUAAAGUGUGCAUGAUUUCUCCAGCAUGAUUAAAAUUGGUCAAGUUGUUCCCAGGUGAGUGAGCAUCGGGUCCAUGUUGGAUCACAGACACAACUCGGCGCUCACUCAUAAAACCGUAAUAUGAUUACAGAAAAGAACCUGUUGGUCUGUUUAGUCUGCUCAUUAAGUACUUCAUUCUUCUUGUAUCGUUAUCUGUGCUAUAUUUAAAGUGGCCCACAGGUUACUGUUCAUGGAGCCAUAGCCAUUCAACUCAGGACAACCUGAAUGAUCUGAGCAGCAGGAAGUGAACAGGAGCCACAGAGUUGCGGCUCCUUUUUACUUCACGUUUAGCCAACAGCCAAGUCUUCCACAAUAAUCCUCAAUCUAAUAGGAUCAUGGGAUUAGUGAAUCAGACAGUCCCCUGACUGGCCAUAUAAGAUUGGGCAGUAUGGUAUAAUUGGCUACAAAAAAAAUGUGGCUGUACCCACAACUAUGGCAAGCUUCAAUUCUGACCCCCAUCUAAAGGAAGGCUAUUCCUUGUGUUUAUCCCUUUUUCUGUAAAGAAAACUUGCCUAUGUUAUCUUGCAGUUCCUCCCUCUUCUCUAUGUAGAGCAGCAUCUGAACUAAAGAGCUGAAAAUGGGCUUUUGAGCUUAUUUAGAUCUUUUUUUUUUUAACUGCUUUGCAAAAGUGCUCAAACUUUUCUUGGAGCAAUUUUACUUUAAAUAAGUCUUACUGGAGUGUUUCUGUUCCCUAUAAACUUGGUUCCUAGUCACUUCUAGAAGUCUGGCAUUUGAAUGAAGAAUUGUGGAGGGUGCAAGAAUACAGACAAGCCACAGACAGUUGGUUUAGUUUAAAUUUUAUGUUUACAAUUUAUUGUAGUAAACUGUGCAGGAAUUUUUUAUAGGUCUAAUCAUAUAUCAACCAAUCAACAAGUAGUGCAUGUCAAUAGCUGGGUUACUACACCUUUGGGCACUUAAACUGCAUCAGGCUAAGAUUUUGGAGCCUGUGUGUACAGCACUUUUGUUUUGUUUUUUAAUGCUAUUCUUUAGUCUGUGGGGAGCUAAACAAAGUGGAGAUGUGCAUAAAAACGUAAAUGUAAGAAUUUUCGAACCAACCACCACUCUAUAAAGUUCCCUACAGACUGAUGCCAGCCUGUCAAUGGGGGUGUGUGGUUAAGAGCACAUCCACUUUCCUCCUCCUCCUCUUAAAAAAAAAAA